GCUCAUCCCAUGAACAGUUACCCUCCCCACCUCAACCCUACAGCAGUCACUUGUCACCCUCCUGAGGUUGAAAACGAAACUACACACCAUCCCAGAAAUAUGGACGUGGAUACAAUGUCCACUGUUAUUCUUUGACAAUGUUUCCACGCAGAAUGGAACUCAUUUGUCAGAAUGGCUCUAUUGUUGCAAAGCACCUGACCGAAUUUUCCAGAACAAUGUUGCUACUUUCUAGAGAUAGACGAACGUGUCAACAUGUCCAGCAUUAGCAUGUCCAGAAAUAAAUUGUUAGCCUAGGCUUCAUCUACAAAAUGUUACAUUUGUGUGGUACUUGUUUCAUGAUCAGGCUUACUAGAAAAUGUGUGUCUCUGUGUUCUCUCCCACAUACACUUUAAUGGCUGAAAAGUGGACUGGCUAAAUAGAGGACUGGGCUUCUUCUUAAAUAUAAUCAAUCACGUGACCRCUGCGGAAGUUUUCUGUGUAUUUGCUGCUGGUGCUUUUGAGGCGUGAGAAUAUGUCAUCGGCUAACUCGUCCUGAAAUAUCCCAAAAUACCGCAAAACCUAAACUCCAGUCACCAGGGAAACUGUUCAAAACACAGAGAAGGUUUGAUCUGAACACUGCCUGGACACACGCAGGGACACACAUCUUCACACGUACACGUAGAGACACACACCCACUCAAACACACACWCUGUGGUGAUGUCUGAKKCGGAGGGGUGUGAGUCGGUGUGGGAGUGGCUGUGUGUGCUGCAUCUGGACCAGUAUCUCCCAGUGUUCCAGGACGCCGGGUUUGAAACGUUAUUGGAAUGCCAAGGGCUGACCCAGGAUCAGCUGGAGACGAUUGGAAUCACAUUGCCUGGACACCGCAAACGCAUCCUAGCUAGUCUGCAAAAAACACAUCACACACACCCUGAGAGAGAGCACGAUGCCCUACUCACACACUUGGCUGCAGAGGGAGACCAGAAAGAGGAAGAGAGUGCUGUGUUCAGACCCAGUCCUUUGGGGAGAGAGACACUACUACCUGCACAGAGACCAGUAUCCAGAGGAGAGAGACCAGUCCCUAAGGAGAGAUCAGUGUUCAGGGAAGAAGAGAGGGAUGGAGAGAGACCGAGACCAGUCCCUAGGGAGAGGUCAGUGUUCAGGGAAGAAGAGAGGGAUGGAGAGAGACCGAGACCAGUCCCUAAGGAGAGGAAUAAGUACCGCUCUGUCCCUGUAGAGACAUUGGACUGUGGCCAGACUUCCCUCCAUCCCAACCCUACCUUCUGCCCUACCACCCCCAAUCCCAACUCUACCUCCUAUUCUACCGCCCCCCAUUCUACUGCCCAGGACCCCCCCUUACCCCCCAUCCCCCCUCGCAGCACCCCAAACGGCCCCCCACUACGCUUCAUCCCCACCUCCCCUAAACACUCCCCCAUGGCACCCAAACCCAGAUGUAAACAUAAAAACAAUACACCUCGCUAA